AAUUAUGUGGGUUAUAAUUAAUGGACCUUUUUUGUAGGGGUUGCUACAUUUUUUGUUAGGGCAAAUCAAAUAAGACAUUUGAAACUAGAAAAUCCAAACUUUAGAAGCCUUUUAGUACCUUGAAUACACUAUAAGUUUCAAUUUCCUGCUGUGCAGGAAAAUACUCUGUAACAAAAGAGUGAUCAAUUUAAGAUCUUACAACUGUAGCUACUUCUGUUAUGUAAUUUAGUAGUAGGUUAACAGGUGUAUUCAUUCCGGAGCAAGACGCCUGCAUGCAUUCAGUCUGAAUAAUGCCACUUCUCCCUUCUCAAGAGCCAACCUGUUCUACCACUUGGAAAUAGGCUAAGGCCCAACUACACCCUGAUGACAUGGAAUUGUCAGCUGAUCUUCACACAAUGUUUAGUUCUGUUGGUUCAUGUUUUCGCACAGUAGGCUAGGCACACUCACACUCAUUGCUACAGUGCUAUAGGCUAUGUUGUUGCUCUCCAUCUUCUAGACUUCAGCUCCUUCUUGUGUAAGGGAACCUUUUCAGUUGACAGAAGGAAGGAUGAAGACAGACCAGGAAGCUCCUCCCCCCUCCCCCGGAUUGGAGGAUUUGGCGAUCCGGUGUCGGGAAGUGUGUCGGUCGUACGGGAAACUCAAAGUCCUGAGUAAUCUCAAUUUGACCGUGCCACAGGGACACAUCUACGGCCUGCUGGGUCCGAGUGGAUGUGGGAAGACCACGCUGUUGAAAUGCAUUCUGGGAACCCUGAAGAUCUCCCGAGGGCACAUCAGCGUGUUGGGGAAGCCGCCAGCAUUUCCUGGACACCAGGUCCCUGGGAGGAUGGUGGGGUACAUGCCACAGGACCUGGCGUUGUACAAUGAGUUUUCUAUCAGUGACACCCUAACGUUCUUCGGACGAAUCCACGGCCUGUCAGCUACGGACACCCAGGCACGCAUGGACUUCCUGGUGGACUUCCUGGACCUACCUCACAACAGCAGCCUGGUUGGAAAACUCAGCGGAGGGCAGAAACGGAGGGUGUCUCUGGGAGCAGCCUUACUUCAAAAUCCCCAGUUAUUGAUUCUGGAUGAACCCACAGUCGGGGUGGACCCUGUGCUGAGAGCCAAGAUCUGGCAGCAUCUAGUAGAGAUUGUGAAAACUGGAAAAGUAUCAGUCGUCAUCACCACUCACUACAUCGAGGAGGCCAGGCAAGCCAAUGUGGUGGGUCUGAUGAGGAAUGGCCAACUGUUGGCCGAGGGGGAACCAGAAACCUUGAUGAAACAGAACAGUGCUGCAACCCUGGAGAAAGCCUUCCUGCAGCUGUGUGAGACCUCAGACCAGGUGGGCUCCAAACACAGCACCUACCCUCAGGGCGGGGUACUAGAGAGCGGCCAAUCACCCGAGAGCGGCCGGGAAGAGAGUCAACCAAUCCUGGGAGUUGGGCCGGGACCAGUUGAAGAGCUGCCCAAGUACUCAGCGGACUGGAAGGUACGAGUCAAGCAUGUGAUGCCAAAGUGGAGGAACAUCGCAGCUCUGAUUAUCAAGACCACGGUGCGGAUGAAGAGAAUGCCUGGGUCCCUGUUUUUUCAGUUCCUGCUGCCAGUCAUGCAGAUCUCUCUGAUGUGUCUGUGUAUCGGAGGAGACCCCAAGGGAAUACAGGUGGCUGUGGUCAACAAUGAGACCUCCUCCAGCUCCUUCAGCCAAUCCCUGCUCUCCUUCCUGGACAACUCCAGCGUGCAACAGGUGAACCUGUCCCAUGCUGAGGCUUUUGCAGGGGCCUAUAACGGAGAGUACUGGGCCGUCAUCGGGUUUGGAAAGAAUUUUACCAGCUACCUGACCAAGAGGGUGAUCCAGCGUCAGGUCUCUAAGGAGGUAGUGGAUGGAGGGUCGGUGCACGUGUGGUUGGACCUGACCAAUCGACAAAUCGCCUUAAUGCUUCAGAAAAAAAUUAAAGAUGCCUUUGAGGGUUUUGUCCAGUAUAAGAUGAGUAGCAGGUCUUACCUGCUCUCUCUUCCUGUCAAGUUUGAGGAGCCCAUCUAUGGCAGCAUGAACUCAGACUUCACCACGUUUGUGACACCAGGAGCCGUUCUGAGCAUCACUUUCUACUUGGCAGUGGGCUUGACGGCUCUCUCCUUCGUGAUAGAGAGGAAGGAGGGGCUAAUGGAAAGGUGCUGGGUCUCAGGUGUGAGUUCAAUGGAGACUGUGCUGGCGUAUCUCAUCUCCCAGCUGAUUAUCAUCAGUGUCCAGAUCAUUCUACUACUGAUCUUAAUGCUGCUUGUCUUUAAGAUUCCUAAUGAGGGGAGCCUGGUGUUGGUUAUAUCUCUGAUCGUGCUGCAGGGCAUAACAGGCACUUCCUUUGGUCUGGUCAUCUCAUCCGCCAUCGAUGACGAACAGAACGCCACCCAAGCUGCCCUGGGUAUCUUCUACCCCAACCUCAUCGUCAGUGGUAUAAUCUGGCCUGUGGAGUGCAUCCCUUAUCCACUACGUUACAUCAGUCUGGCCCUGCCCCAGACCUACGCUUCUGAAGCCCUACGAUGCAUCAUGUACAGAGGCUGGGGUCUCUCCAGAAUGAUAGUGUGGCGAGGCUUUGUUGUCACACUGGGCUGGAACACUUUCUUCGUCAUCCUGGCCAUCGUCAUCCUCAAGCUGAGGAUGUGAGACGCCUACCCAGGGAAGAUGUGUGCGUAUGCAGUGUAUGUGAGUGUGUGAGGUUUUUGUGUGGGAGUGUCAAUGUGGUGUGUGUAAGUGAGUGUGUAUAUGGUGUGUGUAUAUAUAGUCUAGUGAGUGUGUGUCGGGUCAGUGCAGAUAGGGUAACUUUCCCCCUCAGUCACGUUAGUUUGGCUACUCAACCUAUCUAUUUGUCACUCAUAAACCAAUCAAAAUGCCUGAAAUGUGCGUCUGGACACUGCACCCGCCCACUCAGGUGUUGUGAGUGUAAUCACCAUUAGAAGAGUGAUCAUCGCCUGAGGACUAUUAUUGUGGACAAUAACAUGAAUGGGUAUAAUACGUUUACAGCAGGAUUCUACUGUACUGCCGUUAUAAGUCUGUAAUGUUAGUGUGUUUUCCCGAUACUGCUUUGCAUGUUGUUGAUAGUUAAUUGUCAGUAUUGCAUUGGUUGCACAGGUGUUUUAUGUGGGAGAUUUGUUGUACUGGUAACACAAGGGUCGAAUUGUUAAAAGUUAAGAAGGGGCAUGCUUUUUUGUCAAAGCAGCUGUUAGGGUCAGAGUUAUGCGUAGCCUCAUUAGACUUAUUUUCAAACGCACAACUAGGUUGCCUGACAACUCACACUGAAUAAUUCCGCUGCUCUAUGUUCGCUACAUACUUCAUUGCGGAGAAGGAACUAACGUCCGUGGGCGUGGCGUAGCUUUUGGCCAGAGCAAGGAUUUUGGGUAGUCAGACAAACUAGGUAUAUGUGUUGUUUCAUUCCCAUAUGUCAUGUCUUUCUAGAAUGCCCUUUUAAGAAAUAUUCAUUGGGAAAAUGGUUGGUCUCUUUCUCAGAAGUUUCUUUUAACUAAUAAGAUUAAAGAAGUUUCAUAUAAAUGAAUCCACAAGUGCUACCCUACUAAACACUAUCUUGAAGUUAAAAAAAUACAUUCAUGUUUCUUGUACCUUCUGUAAUGAUCAACUGGAGACUGCUUCACGUUUAGUUUGGUAUUGCUCUUAUACCAGGAAGCUGUGGCAAGAUAUCUGGAGAUUGUUUUCGAUCAUAAACAUUUCCUCCUCUACUUGAAAAUGUGAUAUUUGGUUUUAAAAGUAUAGCAAAGUCUUUCUUCUUAAAUCAACCUCAUUGUUAUUUUAGCUCAAUUCCAUAUUCAUAAAUGUAAAUGACUGAGUCAAAAACCUCUUUACUAUUUUUGAGAAUGAAAUUGAACAAUAUAUAAACAACAUUUCUUCUUCUCAUGACAUAAAAGCAAACAAAAGGUUGAAUGUCAUUUUGACAAGGUGUUUACAUAAUGUAUGGUCUGUAUUACCCUGACUGUUGUUUUCCAUGUUUGGAUACUCGGUUGUGUACUCUGUUUGUUUUUCUAUAUGGUUUUUUUUUUACAAUAAAAUAAAAAGACAACUGGG